AAAGUCGAGUUUAAGGACACAACGUCCAGUGGUCGUGCGGCCUUCCUUUAUAAGUCUCGGAGAACUUGUUGGCGAGAAAGAAACACAAGUUGUGAAGUUUGGAGGAAAGGAAAACACGUGUAUUGUUUGUUGAAAGCUUGUUUCUAAAGUCUCCUUACCGUGUUUUGAGGAGCACCGUCAUGGGUGUCCAGGACGGAGACGACGGCACUGGUUUCGUCGACAAUGAAACCUUAACCAUGGAUAUUGGAACAGAUAAUCCGGUUGACGUUCUCGAGGGUGAGGAGAUCGAACCAUCCAACAAGAAACAUCACAAGAUGGUUGAAUCCGAGAUGGACCGGCAGGACUCCAGGGUUCCCCUGAAGGAUUCUGCAGCGAUCUACGAUAAUAUAACUGAGGUGGAGUACCCGGAGGACCCGGAUCCGGACCAGCUAGUAUGCGGUAUCGGUCCGUUCCGGCCCAAGAGACUCCAGUGGUUUGCCGGAGGACCGAAGGCGUUUGCUUUCUGGUCCAUGCUGUAUCUCCUGAUCAAGACCUCGUCAACUGUCUACCUCGGAGCCGUCGUCGGAACCAUCGAGAAGCAGUUUCAGCUCUCCAGUAUUGAAUCUGGAGCCAUCAUCAUCUUGAACGACGCCAUGGACCUCCUCUUGGUCAUCUUCGUCGCCUACUUCGGCCACAAGGGUAACCGUCCCCGCAUCAUCGCAUUCGGUCUCCUGCUAGCCGGGAUCGGCAUAGUUAUGUGCGGCGUACCCCACUUCAUGCUACCCGCCUACACCAGCAUCCCCGAGGGCUGCAACGAGACGGAGAAGUUCAUCGACUACUGCGCGGCGAAUGAGGACAACACGGAUCCUUGUGAGGUGGACUACGACAAUGAGACUGCUUUCAACCCCGUGUGGUGGCUCAUCAUUGGACAGCUGCUACUUGGGAUCGGGAAUGUACCGGUCAAGCCCCUGGGAACGACGUACAUUGAUGAUGCUGUGGGCAAGCACACCACCCCUGUGUAUAUAGCCUUCCUGUUCAUCGCCGUCUCCAUUGGCCCUCUUCUCGGCUUCCUCUUCGGCUCCACUUUCCUCAACAUCUUCGUGGACUUUGACCGUGUGCCGGCGAAUGAGAGGCCGACAUUCGAGCAGAACGACCCCCGGUUCAUCGGGGCCUGGUGGCUCGGCUUCGUCUGCCUCGGCGGUGCGGUCAUGCUACUAAGUAUCCCGUUCUUUUUCUUCCCGAAACACAUGCCUCAGUCCAAGGAGCGAAUGGAGGAAGAGCGUGAAAAGGCUAAGGCCCUCCUAGCAAAGGAAGACGAAGGAAUCCAGAUGAAGUCGAUCGACGGGACAUCAAAUGGGCAUUCUGGGAAGGAGGUUGUGACUAAACCAGAGAAGGACGAGCCAUUUAAGCUUCCUCUUCAUAUCACAUUCUGGAACGCUCUCAAAAAGAUGUACCACAGCUACAAAAGAAUGGCGUUGAAUCUCGGUCUGUUUUUGCUAUGUCUGUCAUCGGCCAUGGAGGGUGCAAAUGCUGCCGCCAACGGCAGCUUCUCCCUGAAAUACUACAAUGUGGCGUUUGCAGUGUCUCCAGCUUUGUCAUCCAUGCUUGCGAUCAUCGUUUUCCCCUUCAAUCUGGUCGGAUGCAUGGUCGGUGGUUUCAUCAUCAAACGUCGCAAAUGGGCCCCCGAGAAGUGCGCCCUGUUCCUCCUCUUCGGCGACGUGGUCAGCAUCAUCUUCAUCCCGGUCUUUUUGACCUUUGGCUGUCAGACGCAGGCUGUUGCGGGCAUCUCGGCUGAUUAUAUGGCGCCCACAAGGUUUGAUGGGAUGACAGGAACACUGCAACCCAUAACACUGGAAGACUCCGUACAGCAGGCAGUUUCAGAGUGUAACAUGGACUGUACGUGCGGGGGAGAAGCCUACGAGCCAGUAUGCGGAUCGGAUGGCCUCACGUAUGCUUCACCAUGCUAUGCUGGAUGCCAAGCAGUGAAUAGAACACAAAUGGACUCACUCAACAGAACAAUUUAUAGCUUUUAUGACUGCACCUGUAUCACCCCAUCACCCGGGCUCGCGAACGGGACAGCAAUUGAUGGAGAGUGCGCACCUGACUGUCAAGACUGGCAGGUGCCUGUACUCAUCUUCAGCAGUAUUGUACUAAUCUUCGCCAGUGGACUGGGGCAGAGUGGACUGGUCCUAAUCACAUUGAGAAUCGUUGAAGAUGACAUGAGAUCAGCCGCCCUCGGUUUCCAGACACUGUUCCUGAAUCUCUUGGGUUACUUCCCAGCGCCCGUCUACUUCGGAGCGGCAAUCAACUCGGCCUGUAUUCUAUGGGGCUACCAGAACGAGGAGAGGGGUGCGUGCUGGGUGUAUGACCGUACCGGGAUACGCUUCGCUUUCCAGGGUCUGGUCGGCAUCCUGAAAGUCGUCUCUAGCUUUCUGUUCGUGGGCGUCUACUUUGCCAUCCGCAACAAGAGGAGACGAGAUGAAAGUGAGGUUUCCGAAAAGGAGAAGUCGGUGGCCUAAACGCGCAUGCGCAAACCAUCUUAAAUUGCCAACACUGUCACCAAGUGACAGAUUUGAGAAGACAAACCCGACGAGACAGGAGUCGCUAAAAACGAACUGUUGUUACAAACCAUCUCGUUUAAAACAGUCAAACCUCGUUAUAAAGAUGUUCUGCUUGUAACGAGUACAUUAUGAAGUCCAAAAUUACCAUGUGUUCCUUUGUUUUGUUCUCCUCUUAAAAAUUUUUGUUCUUACUAUAAUUAUAAAGAGAUUAUAGUUUGGCCAGUCCUCUGGGAUCUUAGUCGACUGUAAACUCGUUGUUUGUUUUGUUUUUUCGUUGUCGUUGUCCUUGCAUUGUCGUUGUUUUUGAAAUUUUUGUUUAAAGGUCUAACUCCCCCAGAAAGAACUUCUUUCAAUUUGGAAUUGUGCCAGAUUUGAAUGAUUUUUGUUUCUUCAAGUCUACAGUGUUAUUAUACGUUCGAAUAUAAGGU